AUGGAAGUCAAUAAGGAUGAGGCCUUGCGUUGCCUCGACAUUGCUCGACGCCAUUUGAACUCUGGAAAUUAUGCAAGCGCACGAAAAUUUGGCAACAAAUCCGUUUCUCUCUUCCCCACACCUGAAGCAAAUACAUUCCUUCACAAGGUUGAACAUGAGGAAGAGGCAGGACAAGCAACUACAUCCAGCACCACAUCUACUGCUGAACAUAAGCCUGUGGAACGAGAAUAUACCCCAGAGCAAGUCGCUGCAGUGAAGAAGAUUCGAUCUUCUGGUGGAGACUUUUAUAAAGUUUUGGGUGUCAGCAAGGAUGCAACAGACGCAGAUAUUAAGAAGGCUUAUCGCAAGCUUGCACUUCAGAUGCAUCCUGACAAAAACGGUGCUCCAGGAGCGGACGAAGCAUUUAAGAUCGUCUCCAAGGCAUUCACAGUUUUGAGCGAUCCACAAAAGCGAGCGAUCUUUGAUCAACAUGGACCUGAGAGUGGCAGGAGCUCUGGAGUUAAUUAUGACAGAGCAUCGCCUAUGGGCCAAGGAUUUAAUGGCAUGAACGGCUUUGGCGAAGAAAUCUCGCCGGAGGAGCUUUUCAACAUGUUCUUUGGAGGCGGCAGCUUUGGUGGUUCAUUCCACUCUGCAACGUUUGCUGGACCAGGAUUUGGUCCCCGACCCUUCCGCCCAUAUACGCAACAAACACAAAGACAACCACAGCAGCAGGCACAGGGAGCCGGUGCAACUAGUGGAUUCUCCAGCCUGAUUCAAAUCCUACCUCUGAUCCUCCUCUUCAUCAUUUCCCUGACAUCAAACUUUUUCUCAGAUAGCGAUUCCUCUUCCUCUCGCGACAGCUCACCUGCAGCCUCCGAUUUCUCAUUGGGUGCACAUGGAUCUUAUCAAUCAGCACGUUUUACUAGCGCACAUCACGUUCCUUACUUUGUGAAUGAACGAAGAUUCAGGAACACAUUUACGAAACCUGGUGGUGGUGAAAAGAGGGACGUACAUGUGUUAGAUCUCAACAAAGUGAUCAAUGGUGUUAAAGUACAACAGAUUUUGACUCAACUGGAAGAAAAUGUCGAGACAACGUACUUAAAAUAUAUGCGAAACGAGUGUUUGAAUGAGAUCAAGCGCAAAGAGCUAGCCCACAGUCGAGCCCAGGGAUUCUUCGGUAGGGACAAGAAGAUGUGGGAAGCUGCAGAACGGAUGACUACACCAAGCUGUGAUAUCAUUCGGGAUAAGUUUGGAAGUAGAUAUAUGAGCUAGAGAAACAGAAAGGAAGCAGAAGAGAAGAAGAGCUUGAAAUAACUUAUGACGGGAAUUAACUGAAGACCAAGAAGCUGAAAAUACUACCAGGAUCAAAUAGGCAAUAGACCAUAUUCUCCUGCUUAUAAACUAAAUACUAAU